CAGGUGGGCUGUUCUCUAAGACGGAGAUGUCUGAAGUUCUAACAGAGAUUUUAAAAGCUGACCCAUCCUUUGACAAGGACACUUUCCUCAAGCAGUGUGAAGGGGAUAUCAUCCCUAAUGUACUGGAGGCGAUGAUCCGAGGGGAGCUGGAGCUGCUGAAGGACUGGUGUUAUGAAGCGACCUACAGUCAGCUGGCACACCCAAUCCAGCAAGCCAAAGCCAUGGGACUCCAUUUCCACUCUAAGAUCCUGGACAUCGACAAUAUUGAUCUGGCCAUGGGGAAGAUGAUGGACCAGGGUCCGGUGCUGAUCAUCACCUUCCAGGCUCAGCUAGUGAUGGUGAUCCGAAACACCAAAGGAGAGCUGGUGGAGGGGGACCCU